AUGUCUCGCGACGUUCAUAACCCCCUUCUCUUUGAAAUAGCUUGGGAAGUUGCAAACAAAGUUGGUGGAAUAUAUACUGUUAUAAAAUCAAAAGCUCCUGUGACUGUUCAUGAAUAUGGUGAUAACUACACUUUAAUCGGUCCUUUAAAUCAUAGAACUGCUGCUGCUGAAGUGGAAUCAGAGCCUAUAACUAACUCGUAUAUUAAAGAAAUUCUCGAUGAUAUGGAUCGUCAAGGUAUUAAAUGGAUGUACGGUAGAUGGUUAAUUGAAGGCGCUCCUCGUGUCAUUCUCCUUGAUACUACUUCUAUCAUUGAGAGGCUUGAUGCAUGGAAAGCUGAUUUAUGGAAUGUUGCCGGUAUUCCCUCUCCUCCAAAUGAUCAAGAGACAAACGAUGCUGUUCUUUUUGGCUAUCUCGUUGCAUGGUUCUUGGGUGAUUUUGUUGCAAGAGAAAAAUCUAGAGCUGUGAUAGCUCAUUUUCACGAAUGGAUGUCCGCAUGCGCUAUCCCUCUUAUGCGUAAACGACGUACUGAUUUGACUACCAUCUUUACCACGCAUGCUACAUUAUUGGGUCGUUAUUUAUGCGCUGGUUCCACCGAUUUUUACAAUAAUAUUUCUAAAUUUUCUGUGGAUGAGGAGACUGGAAAACGUGGCAUAUAUCAUCGUUAUUGUAUAGAACGUGCUGCUGCACAUUGUUGUGAUGUGUUUACCACUGUGAGUCAGAUUACCGCUUAUGAAGCUGAACAUUUAUUAAAAAGGAAACCGGAUGGUGUCCUUCCUAAUGGUUUGAACGUGGUCAAAUUUUCUGCCGUGCAUGAAUUCCAAAAUUUACACGCGAGGAACAAAGAAAAAAUUCAUAACUUUGUUCGUGGUCAUUUUUAUGGUCAUUAUGAUUUCGAUAUUGAAAAUACUUUGUAUUUUUUCACCGCCGGUCGUUACGAAUUCAGGAAUAAAGGUGUUGAUAUGUUCUUAGAAUCUUUAGGCCCUUGUAACUCGCCUGUGACUGUCGUUGCCUUUAUCGUCAUGCCUGCUGCUACACAAUCAUAUGCUGUUGAAUCUCUAAAAGGGCAUGCUGUAACAAAACAACUUCAAGAGACCGUAAAAGAAAUCACUGAUCGAAUUGGUCAAAGAAUAUUUGAUAAGGCUGCUCGAUACACUGGUGGUGAUAUAGGUCAAGCUGUCAUUGAUCCUCAAGAACUCCUCACUAAUGAGGAAAAGGUGCUUUUAAAACGUCGUGUAAUUGCUCUCAAACGUAGCACACUACCAGCAAUAGUUACGCAUAAUAUGUGCGAUGAUAGUGUUGAUCCAAUUUUGUCGCAAUUGCGUCGCCUUCAACUCUUUAAUCAUCCGACUGAUCGUGUGAAAGUAGUUUUCCAUCCUGAAUUCUUGAACGCCAACAAUCCCCUAUUUGGUUUGGAUUAUGAGGACUUUGUUCGUGGAUGUCAUCUUGGUGUUUUUCCCAGUUAUUAUGAACCUUGGGGAUACACCCCUGCUGAAUGUACUGUAAUGGGUGUACCUUCAAUAACAACCAAUCUUUCUGGAUUCGGUUGUUUCAUUGAAGAAGUUGUUGAAAAUUCAUCAGACUAUGGUAUAUACAUAAUAGACCGUAGAAUGAAAGGUGUUGAAGAAUCCAUUCAGCAACUCGUUGAUUGCAUGCUACAAUUCUGUCAAAAAUCAAGACGUCAAAGAAUCAAUCAACGUAAUCGAACUGAAAGAUUAUCUGAUUUAUUGGAUUGGAAAUUAAUGGGAAUGGAAUAUGUUAGAGCAAGAAAAUUGGCAUUACAUCGAGCUUAUCCUGAACGUUUUAUGGGUAAUGAUCUCGGUGAUUUUCAACAGUACAAAAUUAAGAUUCCUAGACCAUUUUCUGCACCCGGUUCUCCUAGAAUUAAGGGUAGUAAUUCUAACGGUGUUGAUGAUUUAUCUGAACAAAUGGAAUCUUUAGGUUUUAGGAUAGACGAUGAAGAAGAAUAUCCGUACCCUACAAUUUUAAAGAGGAGUGACUCGUCAAGGGAUUUAUUCGAAUUUUCAAAUAAAAUUGAAUUGAAUUAG